UUCCGAGAGAAAUACGGGGAUGUCUUCACGGUAUACCUGGGACCCAGGCCCGUGGUCAUGCUGUGUGGGGUGGAGGCCAUACGGGAGGCCCUGGUGGAUCAAGCUGAUGCUUUCUCUGGCCGAGGAAUAAUCGCCAUAGUGGAUUCGGUCUUCCAGGGAUACGGUGUGGUCUUUGCGAACGGGGACCGCUGGAAGGCCCUUCGGCGAUUCUCUGUGGCCACCAUGAGGGACUUCGGGAUGGGAAAGCGGAGCGUGGAAGAGCGGAUUCAGGAGGAGGCUCAGUGUCUGGUGGAGGAGCUGCGGAGAUCCAAGGGAGCCCUUGUGGACCCCACCUUCCUCUUCCAGUCCAUCACUGCCAACAUCAUCUGCUCCAUUGUCUUUGGGAAACGCUUCCACUACAAAGAUCAAGAGUUCCUGAGGCUGCUGGACCUGUUCUACAAAUCUUUCUCACUCAUCAGCUCUUUUUUCGGCCAGUUGUUCGAGCUCUUCUCUGACUUCUUGAAGUACUUUCCUGGUGCACACAGGCAAAUCUACAAAAACAUCGAGGAAGUCAAUGCCUUCAUUGGCCGCAGUGUGGAAAAGCACCGUGAAACCCUGGACCCCAGUGCUCCCGGGGACCUUAUUGAUGCCUACUUGCUCCGCAUGGAAAAAGAGAAAUCCAACGCGAACAGUGAGUUCAACCAGCGGAACCUCAUCCUCAACACGCUCUCACUCUUCUUCGCUGGCACCGAGACCACCAGUACCACACUCCGCUAUGGCUUCCUGCUCAUGCUCAAAUACCCUCACAUCGCAGAGAGAGUUCACAAGGAGAUCCAUCAGGUGAUUGGCUCACAUCGCCCUCCAGCCCUUGAUGACCGAGCCAAAAUGCCAUACACGGAUGCAGUUAUCCAUGAGAUUCAGAGAUUCGGGGACCUUCUCCCCUUCAGUUUGCCCCACAAGGUCACCAAAGACACUAACUUCCGAGGGUACAUCAUCCCCAAGAACACAGAAGUAUUUCCCAUCCUGACCUCUGCUCUCCAUGACUCACGUUACUUUGAGACACCAGACACCUUCAACCCUAACCACUUUCUGGAUGCCAAUGGAGCACUGAAGAAGAAUGAAGCUUUUAUUCCCUUUUCCGUAGGGAAGCGCGUUUGUCUUGGUGAAGGCAUCGCCCGCUCCGAAUUGUUCCUCUUCUUCACCACCAUCCUCCAGAGCUUCUCCCUGGCCAGCCCCGUGGCUCCUGAGAACAUCGACCUCACACCGCAGGAGAGCGGUGUGGGCAAAGUAGCCCCGACAUACCAGAUCCGCUUCCUGCCCCGCUGAAGGAGCUGAGGGAAGGAGGUCAAAGGAUUCCAGGGUCAUUAAGUGUCCCCACCUCUGUAGACAAUGGCUCCUGACUUCCUCCACAGCUCCCUGCCUCUGAGAGACCUGCUGCCAGACGGUAUCUUUCCCCUUCCACAUCAGCAUCUGUCUCGGGUCAGGUCCCCAGAGAGUGGAGGAGCAAGAU